AUGUCGACUUUGCCUGUGUCGAGAAGAAGCUUGACAAUAGCCUCGUGGCCUCCUGCGGCAGCCCAUGAGAGCGGUGUCCGGCCAUACUUGGUGUCUCUAGAAUCGAUGUUGACUUUUCCUGUGUCGAGAAGCAGCUUGACAAUAGCCUCGUGGCCUCUUGCGGCAGCCAGCCAGAGCGGUGUCCGGCCAUACUUGGUGUCUCUAGCAUCGAUGUCGACUUUGCCUGUGUCGAGAAGAAGCUUGACAAUAGCCUCGUGGCCUCCUGCGGCAGCCCAUGAGAGCGGUGUCUGGCUAUACUUGGUGUCUCUAGAAUCGAUGUUGACUUUUCUUGUGUCGAGAAGCAGCUUGACAAUAGCUUUACAGCCUUUCUCGGCAGCCCAUAAGAGCGGUGUCUGGCCAUACUCGGUAUCUCUAGUAUUGAUGUCGACUUUUCCUGUGUCGAGAAGAAGCUUGACAAUAGCCUCGUGGCCUCUUGCGGCAGCCAGCCAGAGCGGUGUCCGGCCAAACUUGUCUUGGCCAUCGAUGUCGACUUUGCCUGUGUCGAGAAGAAGCUUGACAAUAGCCUCGUGGCCUCCUGCGGCAGCCCAUGAGAGCGGUGUCCGGCCAUACUUGGUGUCUCUAGAAUCGAUGUUGACUUUUCCUGUGUCGAGAAGCAGCUUGACAAUAGCCUCGUGGCCUCCUGCGGCAGCCCAUGAGAGCGGUGUCCGGCCAUACUCGGUAUCUCUAGAAUCGAUGUUGACUUUUCCUGUGUCGAGAAGAAGCUUGAUAAUAGCCUCGUGGCCUCUUGCGGCAGCCAGCCAGAGCGGUGUCCGGCCAAACUUGUCUUGGCUAUCGAUGUCGACUUUGCCUGUGUCGAGAAGCAGCUUGACAAUAGCCUCAUAGCCUUCUGCGGCAGCCCAUGAGAGCGGUGUCCGGCCAUACUCGGUGUCUCUAGAGUCGAUGUUGACUUUUCCUGUGUCGAGAAGCAGCUUGACAAUAGC